AUGACCUCGUCCGCGUGCUUGCUGCUGCUCGGCGGCGCGACCGCGCUGCACGUUGGGCCUCGCGCCGUGCGCUCGCCCGGCGCGGCGCGGAGCGUCAGCACCAUGGGCCUGUUGGACGGCCUUGCGGAGGCGACAAAGCACCUGCCGAUCCAGCAGAUGAUCGAUCAGCGGGUGGCCAAGGUCUCGCACAUCCUGAUGAAGCCGGGAGGCUCGAUGACCAUCGAGGAGGCGCGCGCGCAGUUUGAGGCCUGGAAGGUGGAGAUCGGCGGCGACUCCGACAAGUUCGCCGAGGUGGCACGGCGGGUGUCCGAGUGCGAGCAGACGAGCGAGAAGGGCGGCGACCUCGGAUAUUGCACGCGGCUGAAGCAGCUUCCGCGCCAGAUCGACGACGUGGUCUUCGUGAAGGAGCCUGUGCCGGGCGUGUACGGCCCGAUCGGCACAAAGCAGGGGCUGCACCUCGUCUAUUUGCAUUCGUGCGGGGAGCCAAUGGGCCGCACUGAGGCGCUCUUCGACCCGCCAAAUAGCUUGAAGGAGAAGCUGAACCAGGUGGGCAAGUAG